CACGACUACACCUCGCGGCUUUUCUUCGCACUCCUCAAACACGUAGUUCUACGCAAAACCGACCACAUAGUGCGCUUCUGUGCGCUGGUGCGCGCGAGUCCGCGUGCGGCGGCACUUGUGCAAACUCUUGCCGCGAUCCAUAGACUGUCGGUCACAGCAGACAUUGCGGAACUCCUGUCUGAGGACAUGGAACAGCGCCUUCCGAACCUGCGCUGGGUUCGAUUCAAGGGUGUGCAGUUUGC